AUGAAUGUGAAACGUGGAAUUCUUUUGUGCACGGAUGUUGCUGCACGUGGUUUGGAUAUCCCGGCUGUAGAUUGGAUUAUCCAAUAUGAUCCACCCGAUGACCCGCGCGAUUAUAUUCAUCGUGUAGGAAGAACUGCACGGGCUGGUGGGAAAGGUCGGAGCUUGCUGUUUUUAUUACCAAGCGAAUUGGGAUUCCUGCGUUAUCUUAAACACGCUAAAAUUCCAUUAAAUGAGUACGAAUUCCCCGCAAACAAAAUAGCUAAUGUCCAAUCACAGCUUGAAAAGUUAAUAGAAAAAAAUUAUUAUCUUCAUGAGUCUGCACGUGCUGGGUUCAAAUCAUAUUUAAUGGCAUACGCAUCUUACUCGCUAAAAUCAAUCUUCAAUAUAAACAAUCUGGAUCUUGCAAAAGUUGGCAAAUCUUUUGGAUUCCAAGUACCGCCAAGAGUUAAUAUCAAUAUAGGGACCAGUGGAAAAGCGCCAAAGGCUCAAAAACGCAAUAAUAUUGAAAGUGAAAUAGCUCCAAGGUCUCAAAAACGCAAUAAACUUGGAGGUGGGUUCGAUAAUAAUAAAUUAAAAGAAGGUAAAAAGCAUUUUGUGAAGCAACGCAAUAGCGCGCUCAAACGAAAUAAUAGUGAAUUACAAUGGAGUCGAUAG